ACAGUUCGGGGGUGCAAUAUGUCAAUAGUGCCGGAAUCGAUGUGAGUGAGAGAGGUUGUUUUAGCGAAUAUUCAUGGAAAAUGCCGCCCUCCUUGGUGAUCCUAGGGGGUUUGGUGUUCCUGGGAUGUUUCAGUGUUUCCCUGUCCUAUCUCAAUCUGUACAUGGACGCGGCGGAGACUUUACGAUUGUUGGGUAUAACUGCGGAAUUGUAUUACGUGAGAAAUGGCAUCAUUAACAACUACGCCCUGACCUUCAACUUGCCGCUUCCGCCGGACAUUGACGAAAUCUACUUCACAUGGCAGAGGCUGAGAGAACAACCGGCCAUGUUCUACAGAAUGAAGUUCACCGUGCUUCAUGACCGAGCGCUGAUGCUGCCGGAGGCUAAUAUAUCUAAUGAGGGACAGGUGCCUAGCACAUUGUCAGUGUUCCAGGUGCGUCUGCCCUGCACAGGUGAGAUGAGUGCCCAGGUCGAUGUCAUCAUCCAGAUGAACAUCAGCAUCUUCUCAGCAUCCAAUCUCACAGUACUCAACUUCAAGAGGCGGAAAACAUGCAUCAAAGUGACCGAUGGCGCCUAUGUCCGAGACUACCCGUUUACUCAGGGUGAAGAGGACUAUGUGGAAGCAGAGGAUCGAGUUGGCAGCCUGACGACAUCGACACAUAUUUUCUACAUAGCUGUGGGAUGUGCGUGUGCAAUUAUUCUCCUGAUUGCGUUAGCGGUGGCAGUUUACUACCUUAAUUCACAGAAGAGCAAUGACAGGUACACUAAAAGGAUGAACUAUUAUGACAGCAGCAGCUCUCAAGCUCUCACUGCCCAAAGUCAGACGUUUCUCCGCCCCGACACACCAAACAAUGCAAGUGGGGCAGGUCUGCCCAACUUCAGACGAGGUAUAUCUCCUGUGACGGAGUUGAAGCCCACAGACAUCAAGUCCAUGCUCAGUGAGAUUGCUGUCGAGAGGAAGAGGAUAGCGUUAGGAGAUCUUCUCAUGGAAGGUACUUUCGGACGUAUCUACUUGGGGACAUUAAUCGGCGAAGAUGAGAAUGAGGUCAGCAUGGAACAAGAGGUUUAUAUAAAAACAUUAACAGAUCAGGCGCGAGGUGACCAGUUGCAGGUGUUCCUCACUGAGAGCUGUAUGCUGAAGGGCUUGAUCCACCAGAACAUCAACCCUGUCGUCGGGGCGUGUGUGGAUGGGGAGAUUCAGCCCUUUAUGAUUUACCCCUACUCUAACGAGGGCAAUCUGAAAAAGUUCCUCCUCAAGUGUCGGAUGUCGGAGUGUGGGUCACGCUAUACACUUUCAACACAGCAGCUUGUAUAUAUGGCCAUACAAAUCAUACGCGGCAUACAGUACUUACAUCGGAAAAAAAUAAUUCACAAAGAUAUAGCCACAAGGAAUUGUGUUGUGGACAAUGACUUUGUUGUGAAGCUGACGGACAACUCCCUGUCACGGGAUGUGUUCCCCAGUGACUACACAUGUCUGGGAGACAACGAGAACCGCCCCGUCAAGUGGCUGGCCGUGGAGGCGCUGUUGGAGAGGAGGUUCUCGCCAGCCAGCGAUGUGUGGGCAUUCGGGGUGACCUUGUGGGAGAUGAUGACCUUGGGACAGCAGCCCUACGCAGACAUUGAUCCAUUUGAGAUGGCUGCCUAUCUACAGGAAGGCUACCGGAUAGCACAGCCCCACAACUGUCCUGAUGAACUGUUUGCUGUCAUGGCUUGUUGCUGGGCGAUGUCACCUGACGAGAGGCCAAAGUUCACCCAGCUCCUUGUGUGUUUACAAGAUUUCUACACAGCACUCGGCAGAUUCAUAUGAUGAAGGUCAAGGUCACCACAUUGAUGUUACCAUAGUGAUAGGCAGAUUUAGACUCAAGCUCUCACCAGUUUUCUUACUAACAGAGAUUGGACUAUGCCGAAACCUGGUAGGAAUAUUUUGUGGUCUGUUUCAUGACAACGGAAUGAAGACUUGCAGAUUUAAGUGGCUAUUGUGAUGGGAUACCACCUCGAGUGGACUACAUCUGAGUACAGAUUGAAAUGGGAUGACAUGGUCAGCUUGAUCUGACUUGGUGAAGGUUGAGUGCCAUUAAUAGGAUAUUGGCAUAUUUGUUGGAGUCACCUCACCAUACAGCAGUGUGGAGCAGAUGCUAGAGAUGUACCAGUCAGAUUGGUGGCAGCCCUCACCACGCAGAGGGACAGCACGUGCAGGACUUUACUCCCCAUCCUCACAAGAGUCACUGACCGUCUUCAGAGUUCCAGAAGUCAAUGAAUGAGCAGAGCGAUCAAGGUGUGCUAAGACUGGCCAUCUACAUUAUGUAUGUGUUAAGUGCUUUAACGGACAGAUGCAAGCAUAGCUAUAGUAGAGUGGGCAGAGAGAGUCAUCACACAGACCAAGUCUGUGGGCAAAGCACUGAUUCAACUUGAAACUUAACCAGUAUGGCCAGGAGUCGUAGGUGGAAAUUGAUGUUUCACCGAGUAGUGAGUACUUACAUGUUUGUCUGCAAUAGAACUUGAUGUGUUGUCAGAUGCACCAGCGGAGUUGGUUCUGAGUCAUGGUGUGGGAGUGAGGAUUGUUAAGAAAGUCAACUCGGAGAUGGCACCUCCAGACGACCUGGAAGUGUUUCUUCACGGAAUAUAGGACGACUGACGCUUGUGCUUUCCUGGAGAAAUGGAAUUACUGAAAGCUUAGGUCUUUGUAAACAACGUGGGGCAUUUCAUGUCCAGAUUGUGUGUUGGACCUGAUGUGCUCAUUUCAAGAGAUAAUAGACUCUCAUGGAACCUUUGAAGACAUUGAACAAGUACGUUGUUCAUGAGUUUGAAUGGCAAUUGUUCUGCGUGCAACAUUGACUCAUGAUCCAGGAACACUGAGAACAAUUCCCAGGAUGCAUGUCACCCUGACCCUGAGGAUUUGUGUCCAGUAAGGGACAAAGAGCACAGUGUUUUCAUCCCGUAAUUUCUCAACAUAAUACCAUUUGGGGAAGACUCCAUACACAGAUUGUAUCAUUAGUUACAAUGUUUUAAUUUUACCGUUGAGGUAAUGCAGGAAAUAAACACACAUGUUUUGGGUAACAUGCUGUUGGACAUGGUAUGGUUUCAACAAUGGGGAAACAAGAAAGUCCCAUGUGGACAUUUGCCAGGAGAUAUGUGUGUUAUACCCCUGUAUGAUAGCCUCCUGUUUGGUCACAGCAAUCUGUGUAUUAUACCAUAGAGUGUACAUAAUAGACAAAAGUAGUUGUGAGGACCUGUUAGGGUGUUGCAACAAAACCCCUACAGGGCCCCAGCUUCUGGGUGUUGCUGUGUUUAGCUGACAAUCAAAUAUAGCUGCUUGAACAUACUCACACCCCUUACACACUGGUAGGGGUCGGGAAAGUAGGCAGGGGAGAUAACUCAGUAUAUUGAUCAACUUUCCUAAUGCACUGUUAGGCCACACGUUUUUAAUCUUAUGUUUCUCGGAUUUAUUCCAGCUUUGCCACCCAAGGUUGGACAAAAUAAAAAUAAAUAGCUAUUUCAAUUAUUUAUUUACUUUAAGAAAAUCAUUCUGCUGUGGAUUUCCAGGUGGCCUCAUGAAUCACUGAUAGUGAUGUAUACAUGGGAUUUAUGGAGUACAUUAUAUAUUAUAUAAGAGGGUCUAUAUUACUAGUGGGAGACAUAAUAAAAAUAAAUAUUUUUAUGUUUAAUUUAUUUCUUGGACCGGCUGUUUUUUAGUUAGGAUAGACGGGGCCAGUGAAACGAAAAAUAAAAAAAAUGUGUGGCCUUAGGUACCGUCAUGUUCAGUUCUUCAGUCUCUGAACUCUAAAAACAUGUUUAUGAAAUCUUUUUUAAAUGAACAAAUCAUGUAGUUUCAUAUCUUGUUAGUUCUCUGUUAUUUUUGUAUGAAAAACAGAGAAUUUAACUCUUUGUUAACAUCUGGGCUGUAUGUUUGUCCUUGGAGGCAAGAUAAUCCAUUUUAAUUAUUUUGUUCGAAACCUAUGUUUUGUGAAGAAUUUACCAUAGAAUCUCGUUAUAACUUUUGUUAAUAAGUACUUACAAAGGUACAUGUGCACAUAUUGCACAGAUAGCAAAAGUGGUUGUGCCCAAGUUAUGAUUUUCGCUGAACUGUGAGAGGUGUAAAUCUCGCAAGACACGCUGAUCAUUGAACAGAAAACUGAUGCACAUUUUCAAAGUGCACAUUCCCUGUACAGGAACCACCAUGUGAAUGUCUUCUGACAGUAGACACGUUUAUAUACUGUGACGUCUUCUCUCAUCAUGGGCAACUGGACUAGUGAAUGUCUUCUUACGGUAGACAGUUUUAUACACCGUGACUUCUCUCAUCAUGGGCAACUGACUAGUGAAUAUCUUCUGACGGUAGACACUUUUAUAUACUGUGACCUCUUCUCUCAUCAUUGGCCACUGACUAGUGAAUUAUGCAACACAAGAUAACCCAGGUCUGCUAUGCAAAUCUUUCUCACUGCUGAAAGUGCUGUGUUACUAUUUCUGUUGUGAAAUCUGGUAGUGAUUGCUUUACCAUGGAUCCAACCUUCUGAGGGAAGCACAAAGGACACAUGUUUGUUUUUCCAUCUGUGUUCGGUGUCACACAUUCUGUAUUCUCCACAAUCCCAGUGUUGUUAUUCACUUAUUGCAGUGUUACACUUUUGUUCCCCGAGUUCUUCAUUUUAAAGGUGCUUGUUUAUUAGGUUAUUAGGUUUAACAAACCUAUACUCACCGCAAAAAGAAACGCGAACCAUAGAAACACAUGAUGAGACCCACUUUGGACUUAAACUGUAACAGGACAUAUUUAUUCUUGAAGUCGCCUUUGGUAGACAUUGUUAUGGAAGUCACCAGUUGUUGUUCAUUUGUUUGUUGGAGGCUGUCUUAAGAUUCUGUUCGACUGAUCAAAUCAGGAAUGAGCAGGUUAUUCGGGGCUUAUUGUAAGCCAAUCUAAUCAAAUAUAUUUUCAUGCAAGUCUGAUAUUGUUUAAGUCCAGAGUAAAGCAGCUCCUGUGUCUUAUUCCUGCCUGUGUCACUGUCAGUCCAGUGUCCGGGGUUUUGUCAAAAUAUACAUACACAACAAAAUGGGCUUGCCCGAACCAGAAGAUGAGAAUCAUCACACGUUUUAUUUCUUUCAGGCUAAGAUUGAAUUUAAGAAAUGGUUCUGCUGUAGAGUUGAUCAGACUUGGGAACAUGUGCCGAUACUCAUUUGAUGCUAAAUCUGUUAUUUUGCAAGGCUUGAUAUUUUUAAUUGUGUUCACAAAGUUCACCAUGUUUCAGCUCACAUACUGUGAGAAUCUGCUCACUUCGUCAUGUUAUCUCAUAUCCAUGCAUUGAGAAAGAAAAACCUGGGCAUUGUGAUUUUUAAAAUAUGUCAAAUUGUUUUUGUUGGAUUUAAUAAUGCAAGAUGACUGUACUUAAGUUUGCUACUAUGAUACUGAAGUGUUAACAUGAUGAGAUACUGCAAAGAAUGUACUGAUAUAGUUGAUGUGUUGACAUGAGUAUACUUAAUUAAGACAUUAUUGGGCUGCGAGAUGCCCCUGCAUCAGUAACAUGGAUGAUGGUACAUUGAUGAAGAGAAGACCCCUUUGCCUUAUAGCACAGCUGUGUGGCGGUGAAGUGACUGCAGACUCCAUCAGCCACAAGAACCACCAGGAGGAACAGCGGACAUGUUGUUUUGUCUGUAUCUGCAUCAUUCUGUGUAACCAUUUUAGUCCUCUCCUCAUCAGUCCCUAAUUAAUUGUGUGUGCCAAAUUAGUCACUAGCAUGAUGCAUUAUAUCAACUCCAUCUUGAAUUUGUUUAACCCUGUGGGUCAGGUUGGUCGUAGGACACAACUGUAUCAAGAAGAAAUUCAAGAUCAAUCUGGUUAAGCCACAUAUUUCUUAUACCUUGGUUUGCAGCUUUUCAUGAGGGAUGGACAGAGUGUCGGAAAGAAAUAAGAAGUCUCUUUACAAUCUGGUUCAAAAGAACUGUAUAUUCAGGUGUCUGUGUGAAUUUGAAUGAUUAUGAUUUCAUCAAAUGUAAACCAAGAGGUGUGGCCUCAUGCAUCGUGCAUGCAUUAAACAGUGUAACUGUGGAUGUGACAGGGGAUAGGGCAGCAGAGAUCAUCCACCCUGUCUAAACUGUAUUUCAGGGAGGGUUGUCCUUGUGUUAAUAAUAUAUAAUGUUAACAUUUCUAGGAGUUCACAGAGGUACCGGACAUCAUGCAGCUGUUCUGAGAGGGAUCUCUGGAUCAGGUGCACUCAGUGUUUUAUUUUUAGGGGGUAUGUCAAAAGUUCUCAUGGCAUUGUAGUUUGACUUUUCAUCACAGCUUCAUUUUCCCUUUUAGUAAGCAUGCGCGACCCUGACAGUCUUCAAACCUGGCCUUUGUGUAUUGCCAGUGUCUACAAAAGUAAGAGAAGGGCCUGCAAGUUGUUGAAAGGCCAGGUUUGUGCUGACUCCUGAUGAUAGGAGUUAUUGCCAAGAUGGAGUUUGUUCCUUUGUGAAAAAGAACAUUUUGUCUUGAGGAUUCCGAAAUUGUGUGCCAACUUUGGACAAAGCCCCUAUGACCAGCUAUGUCCAUAUAUGGUAGUUUAGUCUUGGGGAACACUCCUUGUUGGGUUAAAAAGAUUUUGGUUCCUUUGAUAACAACUUACAAGCGUAAGACAAAUUUUGUUUUCUGAUCAUGAAUCAAAAUUGAAAUCGUUAGGAUUCUUUUCAUGUUUGUCAUUGAUCAAUGACUCUUUUUACUUUCAUGAUCAUUCGGACAAAGGAGUUAUCAUAAAUGUCACAGGAAUCCAGUCCUAGGUUCCCCUAUGGGUAUUGCUUGACUUCAGGUUGUCAAACAAUGAAUUCAUCAUAUCUCGACACAGGGUACUGUACAUACAUAUACAUAUAUAGCUAUCUGUCAGUGUUCAGCCCCCUCCAUCCUGCUGUACAGCAUUGUGUAUGAUAGCCUCCCUUGCUUCUGUACAGCCAAUCACAUCCAUGCUUUAUGUUAGGGGAGGAGAGAGUUCAGUGUCCCAUGAAGAUUUAUGUUGAGACUUUCACUGACUGAAAUACGAUACUGUACUUAUAUUUACGUUAAUGGUCACAAUUUUCUUGAAAAUUAUUUAGUUAACGAUAUUUCAAUUGUCAGUUUUAUUAAUUUGAUUGUGGAUCUGAACUUCAUGUGUUUAAAAAGGAUUCCAGUCAAACUCUGGGACGACAAUCAAGAGAUGAGAAGGAUGAAGUGUAUUUUAUUUGCAUGAAGUGUAUAUGUCUACUGCCAGCUUCUCGGCUUGCUGUCAGUUUCCUGCAUACAGCAGAGGUAGAGAUUUACUGCACAAACUUGGCAACUCCUGCUGAUAUCUACUUGUCAAUAACAGUUGAUGUUGUCGUGACUUUGUUUCCGAAGCCAAACAACAACUUCAUCAUGUCAGGAAGGAAUUAUAUACUUGCUUGUUAGAGAUGUGUCUUCUAUUAAGUCGAAGGCGAAUUUGGAAAGUCACAUCUGGGGACAUUCAUUAUAAGGAAGGUGGGACCAAGAGUUGUGUGAGUGAUUGGAGUUAACUCCCCUUACCUUCAUUCAGAGUUGUUUCCCCUUGGUGUAUGUAAUGGCCACCCUCUGCUGUAUGUAGCUACCUAGAACGCUGCCUCUAAAGAGAGACGCUUCCAUCCAGUGCUAAAGUGCUCACACAUCCAUGUACAGUGGCAGGUUAUUUAUACUGUUGUGUAAAUUAAAAAUAUACAAACAUGA